AUGUUCUUGAACGUGGCAUUUGUCGCAUGGACGCCGCUAAAGCAGGUGCUUUCGAACCCCAAUCCGUUUGAUAGCAAACGCGGGGCUUAUUCGCUGUUGAAGGUAUACCCCAGUGCUUCUCAAAAGCUCAUUUCCAAAAGCUACCGCAUCAUUAGCUCCAACACCCAUCCCGACAAGGCUACGGGCGACCAUGAGACGCACGUUUUGAUUUCUACAGCGAAUUCGGUGUUGAAAGACGAGAAACUGAGGUUUAUGUACGACAGAAUUGGAUCUGGGGCGUUGAAGGCGACCGAUUCCACCAUCACGGACUUCCUGACUGCUCAAAUCGUAUCGUUUUCACUAGGGUAUUUGACAAAACUUGGUGCAAUGUUUCCUACACUUUUAUUUACACGGCCCGCCAAGGAAAUCUUUAUGCUUAAUUUUGCCGCGACAGUUUUGGCUGGUGCGGCCCAGACAAUGCUGUUGACAAGAUCUCAAGGACAUGUAUUUGAAAUCCCUAUUUUCCAGUGGCUCAGGCUGGUUGACUUGGCAUUGGGCUCGUUUUUGACUGUCUGCCGCUGGUUUUUGGUUGCGCCAGCCGACCCGGUCACUGUUCAAGCUCACAGAACCGCUCAGUUGGCCAACGAUUAUGCCCUGUUACUAUCCGGAACGGUUCUUCAGACCUCCAGACCGUUUAAACAAGACGCCAAAACCGACGCUAAAGCCAAGGCUGCAUUGAAGUCAAAGAUCCUGGAAACCUACCGACUGGGCGAUCCAAAAACCAUGCAACUGUAUGUGAAUGCGUUCCAGGAACUACAAACCCAGCCUCAAGAUCUCAAUUCGCGGACCGGGAGCGAACCAGAAGAACUCUGA